AGAUGAAGUUUGAGAAGAUACUAAAGAGCCUCAUCGAGCAGACCUUGCCCAGUUGGCGUGACAAGUUCUUGUGCUACAAAAUCUUGAAGAAACAGUUGAAACUUAUGUGUUCCGAAGAUGGCCAAAUCGAUCCCAACCAACUCAACCGCUUCCUUAACCUUCUGCAGCAAGAGAUCGAUAAGUUUAACACUUUCUUUAUUGAAAAGGAAGAAGAAUAUGUCAUCAAAGGGAAGGAGUUGCAAGACAGGGUUAUGGAAGCCUUGGAUUUAAACGUAGACUUAAUGUUAGAAAUAGUAGAUUUUCACGGAGAGAUGGUUUUGCUAGAGAACUACAGUACACUCAACUACACAGGUUUGGUGAAGAUAAUAAAGAAGCACGAUAAGAAAACUGGUGCUCUACUUCGCGUGCCUUUUAUCCAAGAUGUGGUGAAGCAGCCCUUCUAUGAAAUUGACGUGAUUAACAAGCUUGUGAAGGACUGUGAGGUACUGAGCAUUCUUUUCACCAAUGGUCUGGGCUCACCGAUGGGCCAAAAUUUUAUGGAAAAUGGUUUUGGCUCCGUCAGUAUCAAUGAAAAUGAAGAGACUGUAAUGCAUGUUCCCGAAGAACUUUCUGACCUAAAAACUAUGAAGAACAUGUAUAUCGAACUGACACUGUCAGCACUGCAUACCUUGGAACAAAUCAGGGGUAGAGGAUCAACUCAGAACAUGUUCUCAUCACCUUCUCCCCAUAACUAG